AUGUCUGUCUCAAAGCCAUCUCUUCAUUAUUUUUCUCUUCAUCCCUAUACGAUCCAAUCAUUUACCAAAGAAAAUAAGACGCGAACCAAUGAAAAAUCUAUUUUGCUUUUCUUUUGUCUUUCUUUUCUGUCAUUUUCCUUCAUCAUUCCUGUUUUUUCUCUUUUUAGCAUAUUUCUCUUCUUUUUUUCUUCUCUCUACCUUUUUUCUUUCCCCCAAUCACUUUUGACUCUCUUUUUCUUUUUUCUUCCUACCUCCACCUCAUCUUUUUUUCCUCUUCCUUUAUACUUACACCUCUCUUUUGACCACCUUUUUCUUUUUUCCUUCCACACUCUUUCUUUAUCACAUCCCUCUCUUUUUACCACUUUUUAUUCUUUUCUCCUUUAUUCUCAUCACCCUCUUUUGACCACCUUUUUUCUUUUUUUCUUCCUACCUCCUCCUUUAUUCCCACCCUCUCUCUUUACCACUUUUUCUUCUUUUCUUUCUUUCGCUUCCUUUCUAUCCAUUAUUUUUUGUGCUUCUUCAUUAUUAUUUUCACCAUUGCUUCACUUUAUGAUUUUCUUUCUUUUUAUCCUCCUCUCUCUUCCACCUUAUCUCCUUUCACCAAUUUCUUUCAUUUCUUUUUUUCUUUUCCUCUGGUUCUUUCUUUCUUUCUUCCCCAUUGCUCUUCCUCUUUUCUCUUUUUCUUUUCUUUUUCUUUUCUUUUUCUUUCAUUUCCAUUUUUUCCUCAUUUUCCAGGGCUAUUAUCAUCUUCUGCUACAGUCUAUGAAUUUCUCUUGGUCACUUCAUAGCCUCUGGGAAAUUUUCUAA